GACAAUAAAAAGAGAUGACACAAUAUAUAGUAUAUCAUGCCAAGACAGGUAGGUACAGUCCUUCCCUAUUUCAGACCUACAGAUACUGGACUACAUUGUGGAAGAACCAGAAAGACUGGGAACGUACAUAUGUAGAUAAGUGAAGAGACCAUCAUCAUGGUAACCCACAGCCCAGCCCGCGUUGUGCUCAUGUUUGUUGGAUUGUUUACCUUUUUAGUCGCAAUCACAUUGAACACUCUAACGAGAUUUGGUGCUAAAUCAGGUGUUUUCAAGCAGAGCACAGAGGAUGUAACACUUAAGUAUACAACCCCAAUAACUCCUGCUCAGUGGGCUCUGUUUGUCUGGGAUUUCAUGUAUAUUUGGAUUUUUGCUAUGUUUAUAUACUUUUCAGUGGGACUCUGUAGAAGGAGUGCUUAUGACUGGAUGUACACCACGCCUGCAGUGAUACCCUAUGGAUUUCAUGUCUCUAUUAUCAUCAAUAUUUGCUUGAACAUUACAUGGUUGUUUCUGUUUGACAGAGAGUUGUUGCUGUCAGUGCUAAUAACCUCAGCACUAAUGACACUCACCGAUUACAUGAUCCUAUUUUUCUCCUGUCAUGGACUGAAGAUCUAUGGAGCCUGGUUGAACAAAUAUUGCAACGCAGACCUCUGGCUCAUCAGAAUAUUGGUGCAAAAUGGAGUAGCAGUAUAUGCAACAUGGGGGACUCUCUUCACUCUACUGAACCUGACGAUAUACUUACAGCAGACAGAAACAUCUAGAUGUGACUAUGCAAUGCUGUCACUGCUGCUGCUUCUAUUGGAGCUGUUAGCCUGGUUUCUGUUAGAGAACUUCUACUUUGAUGAGCAUGUGCGUUAUAUCGUGACCAUCUACCCUGUGGUAAUCCUGUGGUUGACAGGCACCCUGAGCAAUUCUGGCUCUCCUGAAAGUGGUAUUUACAUCUUUGCAGCUUUGAUCCUGGCUAUUUCCUGCAUCAUGUUUGUGGCACGCAUUGCCCUGGUCACAUGGAAGCAUCAUAAACGACCACUUUACAGUGACAGUGGACCCAGUAUGUCACCAGUAGAAAUAGCCUUAACACAAAGAAAACUCUUUCUAUGAAUAUUAUCUUAGAGUGGAAAGCAGGUGGUCACCGGUUUUACGAUUUUUUUUUAGCAGUAUUUUUCUGGAUGGCAGUCUCAGUCAGUUGAUUUGAAAUUUGCUAUGGCUGUAUAACAACAAAUAGUACAAUUAAUGUGUAAAUACUGCAGAAAAUAUAAAAACUAAAACACACACGUCAUGAAUACUUUUUUCAUGUCAUUUAAAUAAUAAUAUGUUUUUCACAGUCGAAAGGAAUAACAUUACACUGACGUGAAAGGUGGGUUAAUAAGAACACUAAAGAAGAGCAAUAAAAUAGAAUAAAUGAUUAGAGGCGCAAUGAUAUCAAAACUGUAAUAAAUUGUAAAAACCAAAUUACAAAAGAUGUAUAUUCCAACACAAAAACAAGAUUACAAAAACAUAUACAAUAGUAAAGGUAAGGUUGAAAUAAAUUAUGAAUAUGAGAGGAAAAAAAGAAAAUUUGAUAAAUUAACCUUAGGGCAUUUCUAAGCAUAAAAAUUAUCCUCUUGUUUGAUUGACCUAAACAUUUGUAAAUCUACAUGACAAACAUUUUAUUACGAAUUCAAGGCUGACACUAACAAAUAUUUUUUAUAACUAAUUAAUCAGUUGGUGUCAAAAGAAAUGUAAAAAAUGCCCAUCACAGUUUCUCAGAGCACAAGGUGACAUCUUCACAUUGCUCGUUUUUCCCAACCUAAAGUACAAAAUUCAAAGAUAUUCAGUUUGCAAUCAUAUAAAACAGAAAAAAAGCAGCAAAUCCUCAAAUUUGCU